AUUAGUGAUCCACCAUGCCUGUCGGUAGGCCGGUUUUAAAUACUAUGAGUGAAUGAGCUUCUUCGUUUCGUUUGAUGUCAACAGCAUGUCAAAUUUCUCCUCCUGGUACUCUCGUUUUCGUUUUUCGGCCAAGUACUUGUACUGCUACCACCGCACUCUCCACAAAAACGCACCCAGCACCAUCUUCAACAACCACGGAACCAGGAAGAACGCAUGGCCAACCUCUCUGCUUCCUUUGGCGCUCGCUGUUUCCGCUGGAUCACUCGCUCUUCAACCACACUUCAAUCCUUCCUUCUGCGACACCGACGACAGAGGUGUGGGUGUUGGGGGCAAAGGCAGCACGCAAUACGUUGUUAAGGGAUCACAGAAAGAAUUUCCGCGGGAGCUUCUUCAGGAUUUGAAAAUCGUCUGUCAGGAUAACAUAUCUCUUGAUUAUGAUGAAAGAUAUAUCCAUGGAAAACCACAAAACAGCUUUCACAAGGCUGUCAAUAUCCCAGAUGUGAUUGUUUAUCCAAGAUACGAAGAGGAGGUCUCUAAGAUUGUCAAAUUAUGCAACAGUCAUAAGGUUCCUAUUGUACCAUAUGGUGGAGCUACAUCAAUUGAGGGUCACACCUUAUCCCCUCAUGGAGGAGUUUGCAUUGACAUGUCAUUAAUGAAAAGAGUGAAAGAAUUACAUGUUAAUGACAUGGAUGUUGUUGUUGAGCCUGGCAUUGGAUGGAUGGAGCUUAAUGAGUAUUUGGAACCUUAUGGCCUAUUUUUUCCACUUGAUCCAGGUCCUGGUGCUAGCAUUGGAGGCAUGUGUGCUACACGUUGCUCCGGUUCAUUAGCUGUGAGGUAUGGCACUAUGCGUGAUAAUGUCAUCAGUCUCAAGGUGGUUCUUGCCAAUGGAGACAUUGUGAAGACUGCAUCACGUGCUAGGAAGAGUGCUGCAGGGUAUGAUUUGACCCGCUUGAUGAUUGGAAGUGAAGGAACACUUGGUGUUAUAACAGAAGUAACCCUGCGGCUUCAGAAAAUUCCCCAGUAUUCAGUGGUUGCAAUGUGCAAUUUCCCUUCUGUGAAGGAUGCAGCAGAUGUUGCUAUUGCCACCAUGAUGUCUGGUAUACAGGUGUCAAGGGUAGAGCUAUUGGAUGAAGUUCAAGUGAAAGCUAUCAAUAUUGCUAAUGGGAAGAAUUUGCCUGAAUGUCCAACUUUAAUGUUUGAAUUUAUAGGAACAGAGGCAUAUGCACGUGAACAAACACAAAUUGUUCGGAAACUUGUUUCUGAGCACAAUGGCUCAGAUUUUGUAUUCGCAGAAGAACCUGAAGCAAAAAAAGAACUUUGGAAGGUAAGGAAAGAGGCACUCUGGGCUUGCUUUGCAAUGGAACCAAAUCUGGUGGCAAUGACUACAGAUGUAUGUGUUCCUUUAUCUCACCUUGGCGAUUUAAUUUCAAGGUCUAAAAAGGAGCUGGAUGCAUCACCACUAGUUUGCACAGUAAUUGCGCAUGCUGGUGAUGGUAAUUUCCACACGGUUAUUUUAUUUGAUCCUAACCAAGAAGAACAGCGGCGGGAGGCAGAGAGACUCAACCAGUUUAUGGUUCAUGCUGCCUUGUCAUUAGAAGGAACUUGUACCGGUGAACAUGGUGUUGGAACUGGAAAAAUGAAGUAUCUUGAAGAAGAACUCGGAGUGGAAGCAUUGAGGACAAUGAAAAAAAUAAAAGCAGUCCUAGAUCCCAACGAUAUCAUGAAUCCAGGAAAGCUCAUCCCUCCCCAUGUUUGUUUCUAGUAGUACCGUCACUCCAAGAAGCAAGUUUGUAAUAAAGCAGUCAUGGAUAAAUUUACAAAACCAACGUAUUGCUGUUUCUAACAUCAAGCCAUAUCUGUAGAAUACAUUUUUUUUUAUGAAAUAAGGGCAUGCUGCUCCAUGUAAUUUGUUCAUUGCAUGCUUCAGGCCAUUUUAAGUUUCUGGCCUCGUGUCUGAGGAAGUCUAUGUAAGAAGCUCAGCAAUAACCCUCUUUUUUCUGGCCUUGUGUUAUUUUGAUUAUUAAGAUUUUAAAAGGGCUUUAAUUCAGUUCAUUAAAUUUUUAAA